AAGCAGCUAGAAGGGACCAUGGCCAACAGUGAGUUCACCUUCAUCGCCAUCACUCCUGAUGGGGUCCAGCAAGGCCUUGUAGGAGACAUCAUCAAACGUUUUGAACAGAAGGGAUUCCACCUUGUCGGUUUGAAAUUCAUGCGGGCAUCUGAAAACUUUCUUAAGGAACACCACAUUGACCUGAAGGACCGUCCAUUCUAUGCCAGCCUGGUGAAAUACAUGCACUCAGGGCCAGUGGUUGCCAUGGUCUGGGAGGGACUGAAUGUGGUAAAGACUGGCCGAGUGAUGCUUGGGGAGACCAAUCCUGUGGACUCCAAGCCUGGGACCAUCCGUGAGGACUUUUGUAUUCAAGUUGGCAGGAAUAUUAUCCAUGGCAGUGAUUCUGUGGAGAGUGCGGAGAAAGAGAUUGGCUUGUGGUUUCUCCCUGAGGAACUAGUAAAUUACAAGAGCUCUGCUCAGGACUGGAUCUACGAGGGACAGGAAGGCAGACCACAGAACUUUCCCGCUUUGCCUCGCUUCUCUUCCAAAGGCUAA